GACCGCUCUUAUCCCUUGAUGAUAAUAUAUAUAGCCAUCUCACUCUUCACUUCCCCACCAAAAAGGAAUUGGCAAAACCCUAACCCUUGAAUCACCAAUCUCAUUCUCCUUUCAUAACAGCCUCAAAAAACAGAAAAUGGCUAAAAAGAAAGUUGCUCCCCAAGCUAAAGACCACGUAGAAGAAGCCCCUCAAUCCCAAGACGGAAGCCAAAGCCACAAUAACCAAGCCAAACCAAUGCAUGACCUUGCAGAGAAGCUGCAGAGCCUCAAGUCCCUCAACUCUCUGCUUCUCAAGGAGACUUCUGAGCGCAGACAACAAGUCGAGUCCUUGGAACAAGCCAAGGAGACCUUGCAGGUCGAGUUGGCUCUGUCUGGGGAGGAAAGGAAUGUCCUGGAGGCCGAGUUGACUCGGGCCAGUGAGGAGAGUUUUGCGUUGGAGUUGGAGAGGAGUGUGAUUUGUGCUUUUAUGGAGACCCAGAUUGGUGAAUUGGGUGCUGGGUUUGAUGGGUUGGUGAGAGAGAAGGCAGAGAUUGAGAAAAUGAAGCGUGAAAGAGAGGCUGAGAUUGGGUUUUUGAAGAAAGAGGUCAAUGAGCUGAUAGCUUAUCUCGAAAAUGAGAGAAAUGGGCUGAGUCGGCUGUGCUUGGAGAGGGAUUUGCUUAAGACGGAGAUUGAUGGCGUUGCUAAGGAGGCUAAUGGGUUGAGAGAAAAAGUGGUGGAGAUGGAGAGAAAAGAGAGCACAACUUUAGGUGAGAUUGAAAAACUGCAAAUGGAAAGUGAAGGGUUAUUGAAGGAAAAGUUGGAGAUGGAAAAUGCGGUCAAGGGCUUGAGGAGGGAGAAAGAAUCGGUUGAAAGAAAUUUGGACGAGUCGAUAAGGGUUAUUGAGAGGUUGAGGAGUGAUAUUGAGAGGGCUUUGAGUGAGAAGGGUGAAGUUGAGAGGGAGAGAAGCGUGCAAGAACUGAACAUUGGCGAAUUGGAGAAAAAAGUGAGGGAAUUGAAUGAGAUUGUUGCGAAUUUGAGGGCAGAUGAGGAAGUUUUGCGCUUGAAAGUUUUUGAGUUUGAAAAGAGAAUUGCUGAGGCUAUGGAUAAGGAAAAGGAGAUGACUCUGGAGAUUAAUGUCUUGGUGGAAGAGAAGAGGAAGACGGAACAAAAGAUUGAGGAUUUGAAAGAAGAAAGGGGUUCUGUUCAGAGGGUCUUGGAUGCUACUACCAAGGAAUCAGAGGCUAGGCAGCACAGGAUUCAGGAACUGAUUCGAGAGAGAGAUGAGAUUGUGGAGUUGAAGCUUAAACGAGAAAGUGAGAUUGUUGAGCUGAACGAAGAGGAUGGUAGACUAAGGAAUGUUAUAUCUACAUUGCGAGAGUCUUGUAGACAUGAAGAAGAGAAGAACAAGCAAUUAAUGUCUGAAGUUACUCAAUAUAGGGAUGCUUUGGAUCGAGUUACACUUGAGAGGGACGAGAUGCAAAAGGGUUUCUAUGAGGAGAACAAGAAAGUGAAAAACAUGGAGGCUUUGGUUUCAGAGAAGGAAAGGGGAUUCAAGAAGCCGUGGAAGAGCUUGGCCGGAUGAAGAGUGAAAACGAGAAUCUGAUGGAGAGAAAUAAGGCCAUGGAGAACAAUUUGGAAGUUUUGGUGAAGGAAAAGGAUUUGGUACAGAAGAACCUUGUCGAGGCCCAACGAGGAAUUGAUGAAUCGAUGGCUAAAACGGAAUCGGCAGGCAUUAAUACAAAGCGGGUGUUGAGCAUGGUGAAGAACACUGCAGCAUGGGUGUGUCAAUCUCAAGAUGAUAUGGAUGGUAAGAAAGAAGUAGUUAUCAAUGAGCACAAUAUAGAGGAAGAAAUUCAGGCACAUGUGGUGGAGUUGGAUGCCAUCAAGAGUGCUUUCAGAAACAAGGAGAAGACAGUGGAGGACAUGAGGAAACAGCUUGAGUUUCUACAGAACUCCUUAGUGGAGGCACAUAAGAAGAAGAGUUUCUGGACUGUUGUUUCUUCUGCAACAACAAUUUUUGCUGCAGCGUCCGUUGCUUACGUUGCUAGAGGUCGCUGAGGUGCUCCUGUUAUUUGAGCAAGUUGCCUUUCCUUCUAGGAUCAAUUGAUCAAGUUCCUAUUAACUAGAAAACUAAUUCCGUUUUGCUACUUUGCGGGUGACUUCAGAUAAUAAUAUUUUCUCUCAAUGCUACUGAAGCACUCUCUCUUGAUGUUUACAACUAUUUUUAGCUAUAAAAAAAACUACUGAAAUACUAUCUCGGUAA